CCACUUCCUGGUCUGUCUGCUCUCUGGGAGGAGGAGAGGGAGACUGCAGUGUUGUUACUUUGAACAAAAUGGCUGCGAGACCACUGUCAACGAGAGCUCACUGAACGCCUACCAUGACUGUCCGCUCCGUUGUCUGGAUCCACACAGAAUGUAUUUCCCCGGAGUCGUUUCUCACUUUGCAUUCGCGGUAGCCAGCCCGUGGCUACUCGUCCAGCUGGCGACCUAAACGAAAACAUUUCUUUUGCACUUUAAAACAAGUUGGCUGGCUGACUUGCAGUCGGCUUGCUCCAAUACGCAAGAACUCAUCGGCGAUUUUUUUUUUAACGAAAACUGUCUAAUUUCUCUGGUUUGCAAAACCUCGCAACGGUAGACGCCAACCAGCGCAAACGUUAGCUUACCUUACACAAUUUAGCUGCUUUCAAAAGUCAUUUUAUUCACGUUCGUUUUUUUUGUUUUGUUUUUGUUGUUAGUGGUGCUUCGUUCCCCUCCCCGAGUCCCCAUUAUAUUGUGACGUUUUAACAAACUGCUUUCGGCGAGUGGUAAUUUCACGGCACAUUUUUAUUUUUAUUUCUUUUUUUUGCUCAAAGCAUAAAUUGACGUACUUGGUGUGCGUGUAUCUGACUGAGCAGCCGUUGUUUACCUCGGUAUCUUGUCACCAAGCUGCUUUAGCAGCAGUCGGCUUAUCUGCCAAGUCUGACUUAAAUUGCGACUGAAUCUCUGCUACAUCUCUUUACGGGUAACUUAAGAAAAGACAUCGGAGAAUGCUUUUCUGCAUGUUUUUUCUGCCAUGCACCGACUCUUCAAUGGAAGCUGCCAAAGCUGUGGUUAACGCAAGCUGAGAGAAGCUAGCAACAGAAGAACGAGAACCAUUUGAUGGAAGAAAAGAAAAAGAAAAAACAAGAAGAAAAGACCAAGACGGACGUUGCUCAGAAAAAGGCUGCUGAUCAGAAACCCAAAGUGCCAGAGCCUGCUCCCACUAAGCCCAGUCUUGGCCCACCACCCCACCACCUCCACCCCGCCAGCCCUGUGCUACCCCUCUCCUCCUCUUCUUCUUCUGGCAAUGGCAAGCGUGCCUCCUCCAGUAGCCAACUCCCAGCUCAGACUCCCCCUCAGCAGCAGUGCCAGUUGUCCUCUGCCAGUGCUCGCUACCCACCCAGAGAGGUGCCCCCACGCUUCCGCCAGCAGGAGCACAAGCAGCUACUGAAGAGAGGCCAGCCACUGCCUGCAGGAGCCCUCAGCGCUCUCACCCUCUCCUCCUCUUCUUCCUCCUCCUCUUCGCCCUCAUCGUCUUACGCUUCUUCUUCCUCUGCGACUACCAGCAGCACUAUCCCAAAUUCUGCCACGUCCACUGUGGGCAAACACCAAUCAGACAUAUCUUUCCAUAGUGGCUCUGUUGCCCAGUAUGAGACGUCUCAUUGGGGAGCCUCUUUACCAGUUGACAGCGUUUCCAGUGCCACCACCUGGGACAAAGUGAUUAUUGACGGAAGCGACGCAGAAGCUUGGCCCUCCAUCAGCCGCAGCAGUGACCCCAAUCACCCUACUGCACCAGAAUGCCCCUUGGGCUCAGCUAGCUCUAACCAAGACACCAGUGCUGUCACUACCACCAGUAGCAGUAGUUUUCUGAGUAUGGCCACAGGUGCUGCAGGCCAGCAGGCCCACUAUCCCUCGCUCAAAGCUAACAGUAAUAUGAUGACGGGACCUGGGUCAGCCAGUACAUUAGCUGGUAAUAGGGGCUGGGGCUCAGAUGGGAAACAAGAUGGUAUAAAUGGUGGCAGAGUAGGAGCACCCAAUAACUGGGGUUCUCCCAAUUUUAACUUGAACCUCAAUCCCAAUGCCAACCCAUCUGCCUGGCCUGUUCUCGGCCAUGAAGGUGGUGGAGGUGGCAGUAUUGGCCCCAGUGGGGUGUCAAACUCCUCAUCCCUCCCUCCAGGUAUUAAUGGCAAUGGGAACAUUGGAAAUGGGAACCUGGGAGGUUCAGAUAAUGGUGGGGGAGGUUGGGUUGGCAUGAUAAAUGCUAACGAAAAUGAUCAACAGCACCCUUCAACCAACACAAACUUGUCCUUCAAUAUAGAACCUGCUAACCUUAACACUGAUGGACCAAACCACACUAAUCAACAACAGCAAGCUCAGGAGCCUAUGAGCCCUAUCCAUGGGUUAACUGGCUGGGGAGGCCAAUCACCCACUGAAUCAUCCCAGCUCAAUGGGGACACAACAGGCAGCUCUGUAUGGGGAAGUGGAGAAACCAAGGCAGCUGACUCUCCCAAGGACUCAGGCUGGGACUCAACUCCUUCUGGAGGCCUUUCUGCAUGGGGCCGCCAAGGCAGUGGUGGUGGAAGUAGUGGAAGUGGUGGUUGGGGUGAAUGGGGUAAAUCCUCUGGUGAUGCAUCUAAAGGCUGGGACUCAGUAGACGCUGGUAGUUCUGGUUCAGGCCAGGACCAGCAACUUAGCUCAUGGGGCCAGCAGUCUGGAACAGCACCAGCAAGCGAGGGUAGUGGGGACAGCAACGAAGGUCAAUCCCACCACAGAGACAGGUCCUCCAAUAUGGAUUUUGCCCCUUUACUACCCCGGCAGGACCUGGACCCUAGGGUGCUGAGUAACACUGGUUGGGGACAGACCCCCAUCCGACAGCACACUGUAUGGGAGAUGGAAGAAGCCAACUCUGAUGAUGGGAAGAGCAACAGCAGCUCAGACACCUUAGGAGGCUCCGGUCCUAAUGGCGGACCCUCAUCCAUCAAUGGAGGUACCAUCAACCCAAACAUUGGCCCUAGUCAGAGGCCUGGGUCUGGAGGAAAAAAUGACAGUGAAGGAUCAUCAUCCUCUGGCUGGGGAGCUCCCCUACCUCAGCCAGUCCAGACUGGAUCAGGAUGGCGAGACUCCUCACAGUCACUCAGCAAAACCCCAAAUGGCACCUCCAGUAGCUGGGGAGACCCUUUACCUACCAGUGGUCCUAGAAAUGGAGGCACACCAUCCUGGAGUUCUGAGGACAAAACACCCAGUUGGGAUGAUGGCCUGAUGAAAAGUCAGUCUACUAGCUGGGGAGAGGGCCCCAAAAGCUCUCAUGGUUGGGGCAACAGUAAUGGGGUCUCAAAUGGGUCCAGCACAGGGGACUGGGGAGAGGCAGAGGUGAAGAACAAUGGAUCCUCCAGCAUGUGGGAAGGAGAAGGAGGAAGUGGUGGAUGGAAAGAAAGCCCCAGAGGAGGAAAUAGAGGAGGGGGCUGGAGUAAGCCUGCUCCCACUGUGAAUAAUAGCAGCUGGGGGGAGACACCACGCACCAAUGGCCCAGUGCAGGGAGGCUGGGGCUCUUCCAAGCCCCAAGAAAGCAGCAGCAGCAGCACUGGCAGCGGAGGAGGUGGCAGCAUUGGUUCAUGGGGUGGUGCAGGUUCUGUGAAGCAGAACACAUCUAGCUGGGGCAAUGCCAGCAAACAGGACCAGGGAAUGGAGCCCACAGGCUGGGAAGAACCCUCUCCUCCCUCCAUACGCAGGAAGAUGGAGAUUGACGACGGAACUUCCACCUGGGGAGAUCCCACUACCUACAACAAGACUGUCAACAUGUGGGAUCGCAACAAUCCCAAUAAUAACCCAGGUAACAGCGGCCCACCUCCCAGUAAGAAUGGUGGAAUGACUAUCCCCAACAAUAACAACAGCAAUCACUCUGUCGGCCCUGGCAACAACAAUCACCAUCUUGCUCACCACAUGCAUCACCAUCCUCAACAUGGGCAACCCCCAACUCACCUGCAACACCAUGGAAACAACAAUGGGUCACCCAACAGUGCCUCACAUCCAGGUGCAGGCCCCCAGGGUAGACCCCCCCUCGCCAACCCAGGUUGGGGAGAACUUCCCAGUGUUCAGCCCAAGUCAGAGCCUGCAUGGGGAGAGCCAGCAGCUCCAACAUCAACUGUGGACAAUGGCACCUCUGCCUGGGGAAAGCCCCCAGGUGGUGUAGGAGGAUGGGGAGAUGGUGGCCACGACUCCUCUGGACCUUAUGGCAGGGCCAGUGGACCCCCAGGUUCUGCACCCUGCAAGUCAGGCCCCAAACCUAUGCAAGAUAGUUGGGGAAAUGGAGGAGAGGAGAUGGGGAUGUCUACUGGCCAAUGGGACGCAGAAGAUGGGGACAUGUGGAACAGCCCCACCUCCCAGGAGAGCAGCUCUUCUUGCAAUUCCUGGGGCAAUGGACCCAAGAAGGGUCAAAGCAAGGGUAAGAUAGGCAACAAGCCAGAUGAGGUUUGGAUCAUGAACCGUCUCAUCAAACAGCUCACUGACAUGGGCUUUCCGAGAGACCCUGCUGAGGAGGCUUUGAAGAGCAACAACAUGAACCUUGACCAGGCCAUGAGCGCCCUGUUGGAGAAGAAGACGGACCUGGACAAGCGGGGCAUGGGCAUGUCUGAUUACAGCAACGGCAUGAACAAGCCCAUGGUGUGUCGGCCCUCUGCGCUCUCCAAAGACCCCUCUGACCGCAACACGUUUCUUGACAAGGAUGGUGUUCUGUCAGAUGAUGCCCCCCCAUCACCGUUUCUGCCUUCCCCCAGCCUGAAGCUCCCCCUGGCCAACAGUAGCCUUCCUGGGCAGGGUCUGGGACAGGGCAACCCGGGGCUGGCCAUGCAAAACUUGAACAACAGACAGCAGAUACCCAGUGGAAUGUUUGGCAGUAGUGGAGCAGCACAAACCCGGGCCAUGCAGCAGCAGCCUCCUCAGCCACCAGUGCCACCUCUCAGCUCCUCCCAGCCUAGUCUACGUGCUCAAGUGCCUCAGUUUCUCUCCCCUCAGGUCCAAGCACAACUCUUGCAGUUUGCAGCAAAAAACAUUGGUCUGAAUCCUGCACUUUUAACCUCACCAAUAAACCCUCAACAAAUGACUCUAUUGUACCAACUUCAGCAACUGCAAAUGGCAUACCAGCGUUUACAAAUCCAGCAGCAGAUGAUGCAGGCGCAACGCAAUGUUUCCGGCCCCAUUAGACAACAAGAGCAGCAAGUUGCACGUACAAUCACCAACAUGCAGCAGCAGAUCCAGCAGCACCAGCGUCAGCUGUACCAGGCGCUGCUGAUGAAACAGCAGCCACUUCCCUCUCAUUCCUCCUCAUCUUCCUCCUCUGCUGGUCUGCAUCCUCCUGGUGGCCCAGCUGGAGGCCCUGGAUCCAGCAAAUCAACCCUGGAUCCCUUCACAGGCCCACACCAGGCUCCAGGCCUUGCCGACACACUACACACCAAAGAGCCGCCGUCUUCGCCCAACGCCUACAGCACCUACCCUCUCUCUGGACUGAAUCCAAACAUGAAUGUAAAUUGCAUGGAGGUUGGGGGUCUGUCCCUGAAGGAGCCCCCUCAGCCCCAGUCCCGCCUGUCCCAGUGGACACACUCCAACUCCAUGGACAGCCUCUCUGGCAACUCCUCAAACAUGGAGAGCAACCUCAAUAAGCACGGUGCCAUGUCUGCUGCCUCUACCCUGGGCCCCCCUGGGAAACCCCCCCAGCUGGAGGACUCAUACAGCCCAUACAAUCUAAUGUCCAGCUCUGAGUCUGCCACCAGCCCACUGGUGCCCCCAGACAGCUGGGGUCAGGGCAAGAGCCCCAGUGAAAAGAUCUCCAACGGGACCAACAUUAACUGGCCCCCAGAGUUCUGCCCAGGUGUGCCAUGGAAGGGCCUUCAGAACAUUGACCCAGAGAAUGACCCCAACAUGACACCUGGCAGCGUCCCCAGCGGUCCCACCAUCAACACCAACAUCCAUGACGUUAAUCGAUACCUCCUGCGGGACAGGAAUGGAGGUAAACUGUCUGAUAUGAAGUCCACCUGGUCCCAAGGGCCCAUCUCCCAAAGCCAAGCCUCUCUGUCCCAUGAACUGUGGAAAGUCCCACAGGGGCCACGCAACACCACGGCCCCUUCACGGCCCCCACCGGGCCUCACCAACAACAAGCCCACCUCCACCUGGGGCGGCAACUCGCUGGGCCUGGCCCAAGGGUGGAGCGGCUCCUACUCCUCUGAGGGAACCACCUGGAGUACUGACAGCUCCAACAGGACCAGCAGCUGGCUGGUGCUAAGGAAUCUCACCCCACAAAUUGAUGGUUCGACUCUUCGGACCCUGUGCAUGCAGCACGGCCCCCUGAUCACAUUCCACCUCAACCUGACCCAGGGGAAUGCUGUGGUGCGCUACAGCUCCAAGGACGAGGCCGCCAAGGCCCAGAAGUCUCUGCACAUGUGUGUGCUUGGAAACACCACCAUCCUGGCGGAGUUUGCUGGGGAGGAAGAGGUUAACCGCUUCUUUGCACAAGGCCAGUCGCUAGGGGCAAACACCACUAGCUGGCAAGCCAACCCGGGAACCAAUCAAAACCGGAUGGCGGCCGCACAGUCCCACUCUAUUGGCCAGUGGAACAGCGGUGGUGGUGGAGGGAAGACCAGCGGAGGAGACCUGCUGUGGGGCGGGGUGCCCCAGUACUCCAGUCUAUGGGGACCUCCGAGUGGAGAGGACGCCCGCGUUAUCGGGAGCCCUACCCCUAUUAACACCCUGCUGCCUGGAGAUCUGCUAAGUGGGGAGUCCAUGUAGGGUGAUGCCACGAUACACUAAAUAACCAAUCCACCACCACCAUGUGGUCAUUUAAGCCAUUGGUGGAGGUUGGGAUGGAAAACAAAAUACAAAACAAGCAAGCAAACAAAAAAGAAAACAAAAAAACAGGAGCAAGCAAAACCCAAGCGAAUCAUGUGGUGAUAAUCAGUAUCAGUUUGAACUGUUAUGAACUGUGAAUUGUGAAUCAGAAGGCCAGAGUCCCUACCACACAGACUGCAGACUCCAGUCCUUCUGUUUUACUUUUGUCUUUUUUGUUUGUUUGUUUGUUUGGUUUACUUAUUGGGGGAAAAAGUUUUUUGUAUUUUUGAAAUGCAUUAUAUAUAAACAGAAACUGAAAUGAGACACAACACAAAGAAACCAUCUAAGUGUUUUUAGUUGUUUCCAUACACGUAGACAUGACAUUCUGUGUGAAGUGUUUUUCGGAGAAGCAAUCAAAGCUGCCAUCUGAGACUUUCCUCUCCCUCCAAAAAACAAAUUCAUCCCAAAAUAUAACUGAAAACGACCAUUCCCAGCAUGUCCGUGGCCAAUGAUGUGGUUCAAAGACCUUUACUAGUUAUGUUAACGUUUCUUUCUCAGCACUAAUAUUAGCCUUAAGUGCUCUCUGGCCCAGGUCCUUCCUAAGCCACUUUUUUAAUUUUGUUUUGUAACUGAAGAAAUAGCUGAAAUCUUGCACAGUUUCACCCCCUGAACCAGCAAGUGGUACAGAAUAUGACUUGGUGUCCAACUCUGUCACUGGGCAGUAAGAAGGCCUGGCCACACAACUGGCCCUACCAAUCAUCAGCUUAAAAUUUUUAAUUUGUCUUCUCAAAUGGAUUGACCCAGCAGUUUUUUUUUUUGUAGGGCGUAGACCCAAACUCAUUUUUUGAUAUCUAUCACAACAUAUAAGCUGAGAGAAGAUUAUUUGUCAACCUCGCUACAUGUCUCCAUACAUGUCUAUGUAUGUCUGGUGGCACCUAAUCAUUGAUGUCUGCAAACCCAGAUCCUUCUGGUCACCUUCAACUUGGAACCCAGUCACUUACUGGUGCUUUCUUGAAUUUUUUAAUGUCCAGUUUGGUGUGAUGCCCAGCGGUCUGUAUGGUCAGCCAGAUUUCGGAGGGAAAAAAAAAAAAAAUCGACCACAAUUUCACCAUCACGAGACAGUUACAUUGUGCAAUAUACACCAUAGACUUUUCUUCCGUCCAUACUCUUAUGUCCACCGGAGCUGGUUUCUCUUUCAUUUUUGUUUUUGUUUGGUUUUUUGUCUUUUUUUUUUUUUUUUUUUUUUUUUUGAUUGUUGCCGAUUGCAGCAAAAGACUUUGGAACUUCAAAAACCUUACCCCUUUUCAAAACUUGGAUUCCCCCCAGGCCACCAUUCCCACCGAAACUGUUGGGGGAAAAAACUCUGCAAAGAGGAAAAAAGCAGCUGUUGAACUGUGCAUGCAACAAACUGUACUAAAGGGUGACACUGGGUACUCAAUAAUGCACACUUCCUCUCUGCAUGCCACAGCCACACCCAACAGAGACUGAAUCCACAGUGGGAUUGGAUGGUUCUGGGUAUCUGGCACAAUACCAAAUAAGAGGGGUUCCUCCUAAUGCAGUAGACCUAUGAGUGUUCCUUGCGUUUGGUACUGUACAAACAGAAGAGACUAAGACUUUUUUUUUUUUUAUUUCAAAGGGUUUUAUCAUAGCACUUACGAAGAGCAAAUCGCUUCAGCUGCAAUCCAAUAAAUCAGAAAAGGAGCAGCGAAAACAUUGAAAACAACAAAAAGAAAAAAAAUAUACUGCUCUUUUAUGUACUAUAUCUGUUCCUUGGAAAUGUGUCUGGCGUUGUUCCUCUGAUGGCAGGAUGAAGGGAAACAAAACUGAAAUGUACCAUUGGACUUUGGGGGAAAAAACUGCAGUCUAUGAUUUUUCUUUUUUCCUUCUUUGAACAAUAUCAAAGUGAAUAUCACUGUUACUCCAAAUGUUUAGCCUUGUUCUGUUUGGAGGCACUAGACUUGCAACUUCAGCUGUCUCCGACACCCACUGGCCAGUCAUUCGGAGUUGGGUGGGGAGGGGGAGCGUCCACCGAGUGCCUCUCUGCUGUGGUCCUCUGAGUGUCAAGCGGCAGUCCCACAGUGCAGCACUUCCUUUUGGGCUCCACUUGACCCUCCCUCACUCUUGCAAGAAGAAGCAGCUCCUCCAAGUCUGGCCAUUCAUGGCUCUCUGCCACACAACGGCAUCUCCAAUGGGGGAGGGGGAGGGGGGGGCUUGCCACCGCUCAGCCCUGCUGUUGUUCCUGCCCUCUCCCCCAUCUCUCAGUUCUUUGACACAAAGAUCACUUUAGCUGGAAGAUGUAAUAGUCAUAUUUCUGGAAUUUUUGCCAGUGUACUUUUGUUUUGAAAAGAUCUUUUUUUUUCAAUGUGUUAUAAUGUGUUUUCUUUUUUUUUUUUUUUUGCCUACAUGCAGUGGUCUACAAAGUACUGGCUGCUGAACUAGCCCUUCACUGUUCAUAUGCAGAAACACUUUGGACAGAGGUGCCUCUGUAUGUUCAUCCUGUGUAUUGAAUGCAAAACGAGGAUCAAUACUACAGAGCGUUAUUGAUUGUCUAUUUGUUUUUAAACUGAUCACGCUUUUGAGUUUGACAGUAUUCUGUAGUACUUCCAGGUAGUAUCUUGAGAUGUGUAAAACUAGGGUGUGUCAGAUGAGGGUGUGGGUGUUUGUCGCUCCAAGCUGCUCCGCCUGCCCGCAGGCUGUCCCCCCUUGCCCUUUGCCCAGCUGCUACGCCAUGACCUCCUCUCCUCCGCCACCUCAACUAGACCCAGUAGCCCCCCUCCUGGCCAGGCACCAACAGGCCCUCCUAUCUGUUUUCUAUGCAAAAAAGACUAGAAGCUGGGGCCCUUUACAGCAUGCCAAAACUGACUUGGGAAUGAGCACUCCUCCCAGAUCUUGGCAAACCCUAACAGUUGUUCCCCCCACGUGCACUUCUGUCAGCACUUCAGAAUGGCCGCCAUUCCUGUAACGUCAGGCUAAGCCACCAGAGCACUGUCAUAAACUGAACUCCAAACACUUUAUCGAAGGUCGGCCUUUCUCUCUGCGCUGAAGACACUUCUGUCCAGCUUGAUCUCAGGGUAGGGGAGUUGAUACCAAGUAUGAGCUGCAGCUCUCCAUAUCUGUCCUUUGUACUGUGAGAGCAAAGUCUUAAAUUAAAAGGCCAUCUGCGCAACAAUAUGUACAGACCUCAUGCCUCGAACUUAAUCCUGAUCGGAAAGGAAAAGGCUUGUAUUGAAUCCUUUUCUCAAAAGGUGUCCUCUCAUUACUAUCUCGGGGCCUCUUAGGGCAUGUAAAAGAUGCCAGUGUAAUGUGCCAAUAUAAAUUUGCUGAUCUUCGCUGUAUCUUUAUAGAGAGCACUUCUGUCCCCUGUUCGGAGGAGCUUUGAUAACUUUUGCGGAGAGUGCAUUGGGGGACAGGAGGGAUCAAACAAAUGGGCGGCAGCAUCACACCCUUAGACGACUGAGUUUGGUUUGCUUUGUUUUGGUUUUUUUUUAAUGCUUUUGUGGGGAAUACCCCAUGCUAAGGAGAAAAUCUUUACUCAGUUGGGGAUUCCAGUUUGCUACAGUGCACAGUCAAUGAGGGUAAUCCCGGGUACAUAUUUUUUUAAAACCAAAAAUGAAAUCGCAUUUUAACGUCAUUUUUAUGAAGUUUGACAUAAAAAUCUUAAAAAUGCUAAAAAAUCUAAAUGAGAAAAAAAAAUCUAUAAUAUGUUAAAGCUCUGCACUUCUAGCUGAAACGUCUCCGGUCAUCAGCCUCUACUAUCACCAUCUAAAGGGAGUAGACUGAUAGCCGGGGUGCCUUUUUUGUGGAUGCUGUAUUUAUCUUGUUUUUACGUUUGUGUCCUGCUCAAAGCGGGCCCACUGAACUGUACAUUUCCACAGACCCAGAUGGCUUGGGCCCACUGUAUCAGCCUCACUCUCCUUGCUCUGCAUCAGCAGGAGGGGGAGGGGCACAUUUCAAGAGGUACAAAGUCUUAAAAGCAUUAAAAAAAAAAAAAAUUAUAAAAAUUUAAAAAAAUAGAAAUAAACAAGAAAACGGGAAAAGGCUACCUUUUCAGGACUUUCAGUCCUGCAGCACACAAGCAAAAAUCACUAUUGCCUGUUUCUGUAACUGCCUUGAUCCAAGCUCAGAACGACCCAAUAGCCGAGGACCUCCCAGCAUCCUGUACUAACUGGAGAACCCUGACAGUGAAGGGGGUUUCCCAUGCUGCACCAGCAUUGAGAGGCUCUCCUCUCUACAGCUCUGUUCUAGAUAACAGUAUAUAUGUAUACACUACAAAUAUACACAUACACACACAUAUGUAUGUAUGUAUAUAUAUAUAUAUAUAUAUAUAUAUACACAUACAUAUAAAAGUAAAUAUAUAUAUGUAUAUAUAUAUAUUUACUGUGAGUAUGGUGUGUGUGGUAUCACCUCUUCAGACUUCUUGGAUCGUAACCUCUGAAACUUUUCGUUGUAGUUGAAAAGGUCUUGGUUUGAUACAACUGAAAAUGAGCAAUAUGUAUUUUCCCCGCAAAUAAGUGAUACGAAGGAAAGAAUUCGGGUCGGGUGUAAACUGAUACUUGAUUGACUGAAAGCUACGUCUUUCUUACACGGAGUUGGUUAUGCACGUUCUGGUUUUGAUGACAUAUUGCAGUACUUUGAAGUGCUUGUACUGUUUAUAUGUGUAUUUGUUUAAUUAGCCUGUCUAAAAGCCCAACCCAACCAGAUGAUCUAAAGAUUUAAAAAAAAAAAAAUCACAGACAUAUCAAAACAAAACAAAAUAUUGAACACAAAUACUUGAAUCAUGGAUCACCAAUAACAUAAUGUGAAGUCAGUAAUUCUUUUUUUGUUUUCUCCAUCUGACAGGUACACUUAGGGGCUUUUAGAGAAUAUUAAACAUGUAUUGCAUUCAGUUACAAAUACAAAAUCUUUGAGAAAAAUGCAAAAGUCAUCUUAGAUAUGUGCUUGAAAGUCAGAUGUUUGUAUGAAUGUGUGCGCAAGAAACUGUGUGUAGCGGGCACAUGGCCUGCUGUUAUGUUCCACUCAGUAUGUUAUGCUUUGUGUCUGUUUUUUGUUUUCUCCUUUUUCUUGUUGUUCAGUCAAAAACUAUUCUGAUAGACAUUGUUAUUAUCUUCUAACGUUGCACUGAGUGUCUUCUACCCCUCACUCAGCUAAUCGUAGAUGAACGAGUAUAAGUACGGAGGGGAGAUGGUGACAAUUCAUGUGUACAUGUUUACUCAAGGACUUAAUGGAUUUUUUUUCAUUCUAUCUGUAAAAAGUUUAUCUACCUUAUAGUGGCUUUUAUUGUGGAAUGAUCCAGUACAAGGAUUAUCAUUGAGUAUUGCACCAUUUUGUUUCAAUUAUACAAAAAAAUGAGAAAAAAAAUCAUAAAAGAAAAAAGAAAAAAAAACAAAAAAACAAAAAAAAGGUUUAAAAAAAACAAAGAACUGUGGCCAUAGCUAGCUGUAGAAGGACUAGUAAUCCCUAUGUACACUUCAUGGAGAAAUGAAAAGGGAUAAAGUGUGGGAGGUGAGUUUGUUACAAGACUCAUUUCAGAGGUGCCUAUCUUUUCUGUUUUUGUUUUUGUUUUUUCCUGUGCAAAAGCCACCUGUCGUUUACAAGCAUUUCAUUUGUCUGAAGUUCAAGGAAAUAGGAUAGAAAUUUAUAACAGGAAUGUUGUUUAAAAAAGAAAAAAAAAAGGACAAAUUUCAUCUUCCAUCAAAUAUGGACGUGAAAAUCUUGCAAAAUGAAGAUUUAUGCUACUUAACGAACUCUGGGAUUGAUCAGUGUUGUGUCAUAUUUCAGUUUUGAAUUUCUCUUUCUCUGUCGACACACUAUCUGUAUGUAAUGAGUUGUGAUUUUAUGUUUUCUGGAAGCGACGCAGUUUGCUCACUAUCUUGCACACUCGAAAAGAAAAAAAAAAAGUCGUGGAUUUUGUCUCAGGAAGGCCAGGGUUCCAGAUACCGACUCCAUCAUAUCUAGGUUUAAGGUUUGCGUGGAAUUUAAAAAAAAAAAAAAGAAAAAAAAAGGCAACUGAAAACAAUUAAACUCCAAGCAAGCACUGAAGGUUAUGUGUUUAACAGAGUAUAGAGACUACCAUUGUUUCUUUGAAACAACAACAAAAAAAUUUGUAGCAAGUUAUAUAUUUACCAAAUAAGACUGAGAAUCAACUUUGAAAAAAGUGGAGUGCUUUACAUGUGAAAUCUAAGUAGAAAUUGCUUUACAUUUAAACAACGAUCAAUGGUUUGAAUAUCAAAAAGACAGUGACAGAAGAUGCAUUUGUUUGUUUUGAGUUUGUUCUUUAUUUCUCCAUACUGUAGUUCAGGAGCGUCGUGCAAGAAGUUUUUGUUUGUUUGUUUGUUUGUUUGUUUUUAAUCAUCUCUCCUGCCUGUUAACAUGUGUGUUCCUGUGACAGGUAUUCAGUAGUUGAGAGAUUUCAUGUAUCGGAUGGGUUUUCAGAGGCAGGUUGAAGUGGAGGACUAAAGCUGGUUUUUAAAGGAUCAUGAUCUAUGCACAUAGUGGGAGGGAAGAGUCCAGGCCCAGCUGCUGUACUGCGGGUGUUUGUCGACUCACUUGGGGGAGGGGGGGUCAGGGUUUGAUGUAGGGUUCUUCUUGUUUUGUCUGUUGCUCAAAUUUCCUCCACUCUACUUUCUCUCUCUCUCUCUCCCCCCCUCCUCCUCAACAUCAUCAUCUUCAUUUAAUGUUUUUGCAAAACUUUGCGUCGCCAUGCUGUGUAAUCCUUAACCAAUGAGCGCUUAUCCUUCUGCUAAAGCACUGUGGGUUGUACUGAAAAAAAAGCCCAUGACUUUUAAGGCUGUCUGUUUUUUAAGGGGAGGAGGGCGGGUGGGGGAAUGGGGGUACUUUGCCUUUGCCUUUCUCUUUACUUUGGAAAAAAGAAAAAAAAAAACAUGGAAAAUGAAAAAUGUCUGUAACUGAAAUACAAAGUUGUGGCUUUUAAUGUUGUUCUUUUUUCUCCUCAUAGAAUGUGAUUGUUAAGGACAUGCACCGGAAAAAAAAUGUUUCCAUGGAUUAUGGAGCUUCUUUCCGACUAUAUUAAUAAAAUACAAAUUUUCUUGGCUGUUAA